UAUUGACUCAAGCGACUGCAUUCUGCAUCAAGAUGUCGUCCACUUUGGAGCAGUAUGUAAAUACUGUCCAAAAUUAUUCAACCCAAGGAAAUUUCGCUCAAUUAUGUGAAUUCAUAACUAAAAGUGCUGAUGCCCUGACCAAACACAUUCAUCAUUUGGACUAUGUCAUGGGAACACUUAAUGUGCAGCAACAUUCCCUAGGAAUUCUGGGAAUACUGUGUGUGAAGUUUAAUAUGCCAAACAUACAUGAUUUUGAGAUGCUGUUUCACCAAACACAAGAAUUCAUUUAUAUGUGUAAUGGAGAACAAGUACGAUAUGCGACAGAAAGUUUUGCUGAUUUGAGUCAUAAAUUUACACAUCAGCUAAUUGAACGAAAAACUCCAUUAAGAGGAAUUGCCAUCUUAUCAAAGGCGAUUCGAAAGAUACAACUUUUUCCAUCACAGCUGACUUCCCUUCACUCGGAUCUUUGUCAACUGUGUCUGUUGUCUAAAAAUAUGAAACCAGCCUUAGAAUUUUUAGAAGUUGAUAUUACAGAUAUCAGUAAAGAGGGUGGUCAGUAUGAUGCCAAAGAUUUUUUACAAUAUUAUUAUUAUGGUGGAAUGAUUUACACAGCUCUGAAAAAAUAUGACAGAUCUCUGUACUUCUUUGAAAUUGCCAUCACAACUCCAAGUAUGGCAGUAAGUCAUAUCAUGAUGGAAGCAUAUAAGAAGUUUAUAUUGGUGGCCUUAAUUCUUCAUGGAAAGAUACCAUUACUACCUAAAUAUACAUCACAAGUUGUUAUUAGAUAUAUUAAGCCUCUAUGUCAACUGUAUCAUGAUUUGUCUAAUGCCUAUUGUGGGAAUAGAUCUAAUGAUUUAAGAGCUAUUGUAACUAAACACACAGAAACGAUUAAUAGAGAUAAAAAUAUGGGUUUAGUGAAGCAAUGUAUCAAUUCUUUAUUCAAGAAAAAUAUUCAAAGACUGACAAAAACAUUUUUAACUCUAUCAUUAGCAGAUAUGGCAAACAGAGUUCAUUUAUCUGGUGCAAAAGAAGCUGAAAAAUAUGUCUUGCAUAUGAUAGAGGAUGGUGAAAUAUAUGCAACAAUUAAUCAAAAAGAUGGUAUGGUUAGAUUUCAUGAUAAUCCAGAAGAAUAUAAUAAUGCUACCAUGUUACGUCAUAUAGACGAAGAGAUGCAGAAAUGUAUGAAAUUAGAUAAUAAAUUGAAAGAAAUGGAUAGAGAAAUAACAGUUAAUCCACAAUAUGUUCAAAAGAGUUCUGGUACUCAUGAUGAUGAUCUACCUGUUUCAUCAACUAAAGUUCAAGGAUACUAAUAGAUAAAGCUAAAUUAGACAAUACUAGUGCUAUUUGACUUCAAAGAUUUAUUUUUCGCCCUGUGAUUUUAUAUGUACACAUAAUAUAGUGUGUCUCAAAAAAAGUUAUUUUAGGUCUCUUGUUUCAUACAUUUUGCAGCAUUUUGUCCUUCAGAAAUCACACAUUACUGUGCAACGUCUAUACCCACCUACAAGAAACGUUUUUUGAAUCAGUUUUAUUGAUACAGAAGGGGUGUGUCUAUUCUAUGUGGUAUCUUCAAAAGUAACACAAAGUCAAAGAAAACAGGUCCUGUGUUGCCAUAUUGCUGUUGUCAUUAUCGGUGGAAUAAUUAAUGUCCCCGGGAUAUAAAUGAUAUCAAUUUGGUAAUUCUUUAUUUGUGACUUUUCGUUGAUCUGUUUCUAUUCAUUUAUCUCUUCUUCAUUAGCCCAGUUCGGAGCAGAACAGUAGGACGUUAAACUCCACUUGAUACAGACACUAAGUUAGUUGACCAAAAUUUGAAGUCCUAAAUCAACGAUUUUAGUCAAAAACACUAAGUAUACUUCCAAAAUUUUGAGAAGUAUUUAUUCUGCUUCUAUUUUAUGGAAUUGAAAAAGUUUACUUAGUCUUUGUGUAUAUUACAGAUGUGAAACAGAGUAGAACCCCAUUACAAAAUAAUAUAGUUAUUUUUGGAUAUAGUGGCCAUUCAGGUUAGAGAUCUAUUCUCGAAAUACAGUAGAUAGUUCUCUGUGUGCUGUCGCCUGAACGUGAACAACCAUGAUUCUAAAAUAUGGAACAUGACCGUUUGAACUCAUCUUGAAUCUUAUAUAAAGUGGUUCUGUACGUGGGUAUAUACGGUAUAUGACAAUUUAAAGUUUGAAAACAGUAAUUUACCAUUCCAUGCUAGGUAAGCUCCUUUAUCUCAGAAAUUUUACACAAUGGUUCAGUCAUAUUUGCCAUGAAAGUUACCCCCCUUACAUAGAAUAAAAACCCCAGUGUGAAACGCAAAUAGCAGUAUGAUUGUAAUUCAAGAGAGAGAAAUGGAGUUUAAUGUCCAGUUAACACAAACUAGGUCAUUUUGUGUCUAAUACAUGGUACAAUUUUAUUUCAACAACACACCAGCAUGUAGGUGUCUUUAACUGUGGGAGGAAACCAGAGGGCGUAAAGAAAAACCAUGAGGUUAUGCAGACGGGAUCCUACUCCUUGUCAAGUACAAAACUUUGUGUUGCUGGGUUGAAACCGAACUGAUUAACUCAAUGAAUUUAUGAUCUAAAGCGUAAGCAUUAUACCAUACGAUCACCCAAUACAAUUUUUUCAUUUCAUGACUGUCUAGUUUAAAUCUCUUUUAUUUCCACAUGAAGAAACUACUGUCAAGAAUUAUUCAUUUAUUUGUCAUAUUAAAACAGAAUUAUAAAUGAUGGAUGUCAUAAACUGAAUACACUAAACAAUGGAACUUUUAAUGUGGACCUAUUUUUCGUUAUAUUGUAUUUGUAAAUAAAAUUAAUAAAAGUGUAAUAAUUUCA